GCAAAGACAAGCUGUAUGCCAUUGGCAAGGCGACGGAUAUCAGGUUUCUAAAGCAGAUGUCCAAGGCAAAAUCGUCAUGACCAAUGAUAUUCAUUAUUGGCUGGCCCAUUCCUUCAAGUACGCCUUCCAGGACAGCUCGAGCUUCGUCCUAAUCGGAGGCACUUACAUCAAUAUCUACGGCGCCGGGGAAAUCUAUGGCAACCGUCAGGCCUGGUGGGACGCCAGGAUGAACAACAAGUCAAUCCAGCGUCCUAUCCCGGUCACGUAGAUGGAUUUCCAUGGCGGAUCUGUGUCCAACAUCACCCUCCGCAACUCGCCGAACUGGUUUCAAUUGGUGUAUAACUCGAGCAAUGUCGUUUUUGAUAGCAUGUAUCUC